AACUCGAAGCUCCUCCCCUAGCUCUCCUCCACGUCAUCAUAAACAAAUAUGGCGGUACAUGGCACCGGGACGGCUUCUUUGAUAGUGUUUGUGCUAGUUGUGGCUUUUUUGUCGUUCUUAUAUUUAACAGAUUCAUAUGUCACAUGGCCUCUCGUGGGCCUGAAUGUUUUAACCGUGUUGUCCUUGCUGUGGUUGUGGAAGCUGAGGCAGCAGGACGGUGGGACGGAGCGGCGGGUUUGUGUCUUGGUGCUGGGGGACAUCGGUCGCAGUCCUCGAAUGCAGUACCACUCCUUGUCCCUCAGUAAACACGGUUAUAAUGUUACUUUUGUAGGGUUUUUAGACACCAAACCCCAUCAAGAUGUCCUGAGACAGGAGAAAAUCAGGAUAGCCCCAAUAGCAGAAGUGAAAGGGGUUCAAGGGCCAAAAAUCCUCAAAUAUGUGACAAAGGUGAUCGUACAGUCUCUGCAGCUUCUUCAUGUGCUGCUGCGGAUGGAGCUACAGUCUCAUAUCCUGAUGCAGAAUCCUCCUGGAUUACCCAACAUCGCAGUGGCCUGGCUGGUGUGUGUCCUGCGAGGCAGCAGAUUUAUAAUCGACUGGCAUAACUAUGGUUACACCAUCAUGGCCCUGAGCCACGGCCAAAGACACCCAGUGGUCCGACUGGCAAAGUGGUAUGAACACUUCUUUGGCCCUCUGGCAACUCGCAACCUGUGCGUUACCAACGCAAUGAAGGACGACUUGCACAGAAACUGGGGCAUCAAGGCGACAACUCUGUACGACAGACCAGCCUCCAUCUUCAGGGAGACUCCACUGAAGCUGCAGCAUGAGCUCUUCAUGAGACUGGCCAGCACUUAUCCUCAGUUCCAGCACAGCGGCUCUGAGGAUGUGGAGCUGGAGAGGACGACCUUCUCAGUUCGUGACCUCUCUGAUGGUACGGUGACCUUGAGGGCAGAGCGCCCGGCGCUGCUGCUCAGCAGCACCAGCUGGACAGAGGAUGAAGAUUUCUCCAUUCUACUGAAGGCUCUUGAAGAGUAUGAAGGCUUCAUUAAAGAAGGAGCUUUGUUACCAUCUUUAGUCUGUGUCAUUACAGGUAAAGGUCCUCAAAAAGAACACUACAAGAAGCUGAUUGACUCACUACACUUAGAACAUGUGAAGAUUUGUACUCCUUGGCUGGAGGCAGAAGACUAUCCCGUCUUAUUAGGUAAUCUCACUGAGACACAGGGUCUCAUUCUCAGUAGAGACCUGAUAAAGCUCGGUGGCCACAGUGGACCAUCUACUGGGGAUAUUUGGUGGCCCACUGUGGCCAUGAAAGCCAUCAGAUCCUGUAUGUUUGGCUGCUGCCUGCCUGUCUGUGCCAUCCACUUCAACUGUUUACAUGAGUUGGUGAAACACGAGGAGAAUGGAUUGAUCUUCAGAGACUCUCAGGAGCUCGCUGAGCAGCUUAAGUCUCUCCUGUCAGAGUUUCCCAGUUCAGGUGGCAGACUGGGUUUGUUCAGGAGGAACCUCCGAGCCAACAGAGGACAGCGCUGGGAUAAGAACUGGGACCAGAACGUCCUGCCUCUGUUCACUACUCUGUGAUAAACACCAGGCUUUUAACAGACA